GGACGUGGCCGACUGGCGACAAUCAACGUCUGUUUAUUGAGACGAAUGACCGCCAUCCCUCUGAUACCUUCACGAGGAAACCAGAUUAAUUUGCGGUUUCCUGAAAAGAUACGUCACCUUGAUUGUAGACAGAGACAUCUCUUCGGGAAUAUCAAGAAACACAAAAUUGCUCCUGUGAUCCUGUGAUGCCUACUCUUCGCUUCCGCUCUGCCUUGUUAAUUUCAAUCCCGAAUACGCUUGAUUUAGUCUUCCUGGUGUUAUUAUUACGGACGACUUUCACAUGAUGCUGCUAGCUAGCGGUUAACUUGUUGUAACUUUUGAAAUAUUUAAAAACUGUUGUUAUUACUCGUAUCUGUGUUACCUGUUAACUGUUGUACUUUACGAUAUAUAUUUGUAUCCUGUUCUGAAUUUUAAAUAAAUAUUUCACGUCGCUGUAAAUCGUUGUUCCAAGAGCUCCUGACCUUUGAUUACUGACUACAUAUCUACUAAUUAGGUCAAAACCAUCUCAAGAUAAUAAUAUUGAUGCCGUAUCAGACAACGCAUUCAAAAGAGGAAGGGAUAUUGGUGAUAUUUUUUAUGAAAAAUAUGAAACUAUUUGAUGUGAUAUUGUGUAUGGGAUUUCCCCUCAGUUAGCCCUGCCCAAAUGCCCAGGCUUCAGACAUGCCACAGUCCCCCUCACCCCGACUGCGUCAUUACAGGACUAUGACGGCAAUAUGUUUCGUUUGCAACUUGCCGAUACUAUCGCACCAAGUGGGGUUGGUGUGGGCCGGAGGGAACGGCUGGGACGAGCUGACCAGGUCUACGCUAGAGGAGAACACGUUGAGACAAAGGCUCGGCAGUCGCAGAGACUCGGCUGCGCAGGUCUCGUGUCUCUCACCGCCGGAGCCCGACGUCUCCGACCAACCCAGGGGAGGUCCUCGCCGCCGUCGCUCUUCCCUAGCUCAACUCACCGACAUCCUGCGCGAGUGGGGUGGCGGCAGCAGCCAACCUCGCCGCCAGAGAGCACCCCUGUCUCGCAGAGAAACCUUGGCCGACUUAGCGCGAUCCCUACCCUGGGCCCGCCACGAGCCACCCCCCAGACGUAGACGCGACUCCUCCGCCGACUCCGGCAUCAAAUCCAUGGCUUCCAAACGCCGAGACUCCAAAGUAGCAACAGAUUUUCGCGAUUUUCCCAAUUAUUGGGAUCGCAAAGACUCCACAACUAUCAUGCCUACUCGAGAAAGACGCAUUAAAAGGCGAGGGUCCGGCGAUGACAAUAAAGAACGAAGAGACUCAGUAGAUGGCCACCGCCAUCGACGUGAUUCUGCAGUAGCUCCACCCCCAAGGAUAGUAGCAACUCACCGGAAAAGAAGAGCUUCUCCACCAUCACAUGUUCCCCCAUCAUUUGUUGAUGCGUCAUCAGAUCCUGGCCCAUCAACUCAGCCACCGUCUGUAACCAUAGUUUCAGUUCAUGAACCGAGUCGAUCUGAUGGAGAAUGCCAACCCAUGACGAUGCCCACGAUUAUUACAUCUGCCGUCACUCCAUCUCCCACGUCUCCCACUGUUCCUAGCAGUAAUGCAACGCAAACUGCUCAAACAUCACAAUCGAGUCAAUCUGUACAAGCAUCUCAAGCAAUACCGGGUGGUCGAACUCCUCCCAACUUAGGAGGGCGACGUGACUCUACAACACAAUGCGGUCGGGCUAGAAGAGACUCUCGGGCUGCUGUUAGCCCAGAAAGGAGAUUGGGAAGAUUACAAAGACAAGCUACUGCAUUUGAUGAUCCAAAUGGUCCUCCUGGGACUAGACGUAGGGACUCUGGGCCAUCCUUGGGACCCGAUGAUGAAGGGCGCGCAAGAAGAGAUUCUUUGAGUCCGGAUUCGGCAGCCCGUCCAAGACGUGAUCGAUCACAACUGAGCCCCGACCGAGCAGGAGGUGGUGAACUGAGUCCUUCAGCUGCGAGACGUCGAGGACGAUUGAGAAGGCAGGCAUCAUGUGCCAGAGUUGGUCGAGCGAGGAGUCCAGAAUCGAGUUCUUGUUCGAGUCGUGAUCCUAGCCCUUGUGCUCGUCCUCCAGAGCGAACGAUAAUUAGAAGACAAUCAACAACUGAAGAAAUUCUUAUAGCACGGGGAUUCAGGAGGCAAUCGACGACUGAGGAGAUGAUUCGCUGCCGCAACUUCAGGCGCCAGAGUUCACAGAGUGAUGACGCGUGCAUGCGCGCGCGCGGUCGCAGAGACUCCUCCACACAGAUCCUGGAUGGAACAAUCGGCACCAUGACUGUCGAAACAACCAGCACUUUCUUCGAUUCCAGCACUCAGACAGAACCAUCCCCGCUGUACGACAACAACCAUUACCACGAGGAAUGCCUUCGCUGCAACUCCUGCGGGCUGAACCUCACCGGGCCCAAUCAGAAACGAGCUCGCCGUUUCAAAAACCAGAUCCUGUGCGACCUUCACUUCGCGGACGUGGCGCUGAUGGAGUGCAGUGACUUCAUGCAGCAACUACGCAGCUUCAAACCCCAGUCGCUGGGCUGCGCCGUCGCCAGGCGCAAGUCUUCCACCACGCUCAUCUUCCCGCUGCCACCACAGGCUUGCUCAGAUGAGUUCUGCGAGGAGUACCCCCACAGCCUGAUCCCCACUCCCGGCUACUGGAUCGAGUGUUCCCGCCAAAAGAUCGCCACAGACACCAUCUGGGACGAGUCGGAAUCGGAACACGACAGCGGCCCUGAUAGGGACAACGACCCAGAUCGACAUCGAAGAUCUGGCUCUUUGGACGAAGCUGCCGAGGACAGCAGUGACAAUGGAGGCAGCACGCCGAAGAAGAAAACUGCCAUCGAAGAGCAAUGGGAGAGGUCCGGCGGAUUCGAACUCACGUCCGUGGAACAGGAGACCUAUGAGAAGUACUUCUAUGGCACUGAGCAUUGGAACUACUUCACCAAUGAUGAGGACCUAGGGCCGGUCAUAUUGUCCAUCAAACAAGAGACGCUCAACGCGAGAGAUCAAUUCAGGAUCCUGGUCAGAGCGAUCAGCUACACCGUUCACGGACUGAUCCCGGCGUCAUGCGUGUUUGCCGACCGCUACAACCGGGAGGAGGUGGUCCGCUCCCUGGGCAAGGAGGUCAACAUUAACCCACCGCUCAUGCUCGGCCAACUGCCUGACACCCCGGAAGAACUGCUCAAACUUGACCAGGUGUUCAUCAAAUCAGAGCUGAAAGUUGGAGUAAUUUACGUCAAAGAAAACCAAUAUACUGAAGAGGAGAUCUUAGACAACAAUGAGAAUUCGCCUAUGUUCGAAGAAUUCCUACAAGUUUUAGGAGAAAAAGUCAGAUUAAAAGGCUUCGACAAAUACAAAGGCGGUCUCGAUACAGUCCAUGACCUGACGGGUUUGUACUCAGUGUACACGAACUGGCGAGGGAUAGAGAUCAUGUUCCACGUGUCCACACUGCUACCCUAUGAACGCCACGACCCUCAGAAGCUACAGAGGAAGCGGCACAUAGGCAACGACAUUGUCUGCGUGGUCUUCCUCGAGGCUGAUAACACUGCCUUCUCGCCCGCUUGCAUUAAGAGCCAUUUUUUACAUACUUUUAUAUUAGUGCGAGUUUCAGCAAAGAUCAAAAGAAGGCCUACGAGGUAUGAAGUGUCAGUGGUGACGAGAGACGAAGUGGGGGCCUACAAGCCCUACCUAUGGGAGCAGAGCCUUUUUGAUAAAGGGCCUAUGUUCAGAGAAUGGCUGCUGACAAAAAUAGUGAACGGGGAGAGAGCCUCAUAUUCCGCUCCGAAGUUCGCACGAAUGCAGGAGAGGACCCGGAGCCAAAUGUUGGAAGAUAUCGUCGCCAAUCUGCAGAACCAUGCGGAAACUGGACAGAUUCCUAAGCCAUAUCGCAGAGGAUCAUGGCGUCCUAUAGGCCACAUGCGGCCUUCCUCGCCUCUUCUAGACUCUGUGCGCGAUCAGUUCGAAGACUACGACCAACUGGCUAAGGACUUCACCAGGGUCUUCCUAAACAACGAGCUGAAUUGUGCCCAAAACGCGCAAUUGUUCGACGUGGUAUUUCUGGUGGGGCAGUCGAAGCAGAAAACGAAGUUUAUAGGCGUCAGAGCUAUACUUGGUGUUAGGAGUAGAGUGUUCCAAGAAAUGCUGUACGGCAUUCAAACCGGCUUCGGGUCUCCACAAGUCCCCGUGGCCGAGUUGCUAGCGAGACCAGCGCCCACGCUGCUGUCUCCGACACCGGCCAGGCAGAAGAGCAGCAACUUCCUACAGGUCCCGGACAUCGAGUCACCAAGGCCAAAGAGCGUGCCCAGUUCUCCGAUGGUAAAACGCGCGUUCUCCCGCCUGGGCACCAUCACAGCCGGCUGGGGGCGCUCCAUCCGCAAGCAACACACGCAGCUCAACGCUGAUGAUAAGAAGAAGUGGGCCAGCUCGCAGGAUUGCUCAAAUAAAGAAGGUAAAGACAAAGAUAAAGAUAAGAACGCAGCACUUGCAGUGCCGAGGCUAUCUGUGUGCGCUGACGCACAAAAAGUGGACCGCGCCAAACUUGCACAGACUGAGUUCUCAAUAAUCGAGUUCGACCCAGAGACGUUCCGCAUCCUGCUGGACUACCUGCACACGGGCAGCUGCCCGCUCACGUGCGCGUCCAUCCCGGGGCUGAUCUGCGCGGCCGAGCACUACGACCUGCCCGAGCUGCUGCAGGCCUGCUUCCACCACGCCAAGCAGUUCCUCAGGAUAGAAGUUGUAUGCACAAUGCUCAUAUCAUUAGAAAACUAUUACUGGCGCUACACGUCAGCAUCGGAAUUGGUGAACAUGAUUCUGGCUUUCAUCGAGCAACGAGCCUACGCACUCUUCCAAACUUCGGAGUUCCUCAACUUGUCCGAAUCCAUGGUCCAGAUGAUCAUGUGCCGGAACCUCGAGGUGCCAGAGGUGAGAAAGUUCGAGGCCAUGCUCGGCUGGGCCAGGAACAAGAUCAAGUCCAAAUCUGCAAAUAAGACUGAUGCCAAAAAUGAAUUUAAAUGCAUUAUGGAGAGAUUAGCUAGGGACCUCAAACUGUAUAGGAUCUCCCCGCAGGAAUUGAUCAAAGUGGUCCUCCCCUCUAAAGCGAUCAAAAAUGAGCGCAUUUUAGAAACCCUGAUGUACCAGGCCAACUCGGGCAUGUACCGGAUCCAGGACAGCUACAUCGAGGCCUGCCAGCAGCGGCUGCAGAAGCAAGACUCGAGAUUCUCAGAGUUCGAAAGCUUUGACUACGGAAUAUAAACUUGGAGCUGUGAGGAAUAUCAGUGUAUUAGAUAGAUUUUGAACUGUUUGGACUGGGUCCUUCUUACAAUGUGGUAUGUCGACGCCUUCUAAAAGUAUUAUUGUUAUAGAUGUAUGUACUUGAGUAGAGGUACGAGAAAUAUUUGUACAAUUCUCGGAUACCUAUUCCUUGUUGUUGUUCAUUGAUACCUAUAUUUUUUACAUCUAGCUAGAUGUGUUCAUCAUAAUCAUUUAUAUUUUUGGUACCAAAAAAAUUGAGAUAAUACGUACUUAGUUGGGAAAAUAGCUGCGGUAUUAAUUCAUUUAUAAUGUAAUAGUUACUGGUACAAAGAGUAUAAUACCUACUUCUGUGAUUCGUCAGUGAGAUACUAAAACUGUUAUCUGGGGAACAGAAUUAUUAAAAGCACAUUGGCUUUUUAAAAUAACAUUACUUUGACAUAUCUUAUUAAUACCUAAUAACAUAAUAUAUACUUAUUGUCCCCAAUCAAAACAAAAAUGAUUAUAUACCUCUUUAGUGAAUUGUUUUAGAGACAAAUAAUAUUAAAAAUGACUGAUACUAGAAUCUGUUUAUUGGAAGUCUUUAUAAAAGUUAGAAAAUCCAUUAACAAGAAUCACAAGAUUUUAACAAUACGAACUCUAAAGUAAAAUUAUAAACAAAUAAACAACUAAAAUGAUAACUAAAAUCUAAUUUGUAGAAUUAAAUGUAACAACUAUACAAUCUGGUUCUUGAGAUAUCUUCAAAAUGUUGUCAUAGUUACUAAAGUUAAGGAUGUAUAAUGUAUAAAUAUUACUAUAUAUGUGUAUAAUAGGUACACAUCUUUUCUACACAAUUCUAAAAAUGUAUUUCUUAAGCUAUGGCCACUCUGUCACUCGCACAAAACUUGCAUAUUUAUUGGCGUUAAGACGUUUUUCAGAAACGCAGCCAGACAUCAUUCCAUUAUGUAGGUACCUUUUCGCUCUUAAACCAUAAUUUUCAACAAAUUUUAGAUACUUAUGUAAGAUGAGCUAAUAUUUAAAGAUUUCAACCCAAACCCAUUUCGAUUCUUCACUCGAUUUUUCGAAUCAUUGUGCUGUGGCCACAACUCCAAAUUUUCUUUUUUUUUUAAUUUCACUUAUUUGAUACAUUAAAAUGUGUCCAAAUGUGUUUAAAAUAUUUUUCCACAAAAUGUUAAUAUUAUGGAAUUUUUAAUUUUCUGAAUUUUCUGCUGAGAAAUAUAAAUAACGAUUUUGUUUCUUGUUUAAAUGUAAAAAAUCCCAUAUUAAUUUCGCUAUUUUAGUAUAAAGUCUUUAGUACAUGUUUGAAAUAAGGACAAAAAUAUAUGAAACAGUCUGUAGAUGUUGGCUUUUCUGUCAAAGAAGUGUGUAUCACUUCAAACAAUUUAUAUUUAAACGCCAAUGGACUCUUGGGUAGUCCAUUAUGAAUACUGAUCAGAAUUGAAAUGCAAUUUUUGGUCAAAGUCUGUCAAAUUGUGGAUAGUCGUCUAUAUAAAAUAGAAGUUUUAUUGUUGUUGCCGUUCCCAUUAAGGUUAGCCAUUAUGUUUGUUAUUUAUUUUAUACAUAUUAUAUGUAUUUAUUAGAGAUUCACUAACAGUUGCUCAAAGCUUUCCAGUUUCACAAUUAGAGAAGACAACUACAUUUUAAAUGGAAAGUCGAAUAUUUUGGGCAUCUCCAGAAAAUGUUGAGAAAAGUAAUUUGAUUUCACAACUAGGUCCUGAAACUUGCGUGGUUGAUAAAAAUGUGUCCGUGAAUAAUAAUUUGCUACUCUUUCUUCAUAUUUGUGACUUUUAUAGCCAAUAUAUAAAUGUAUAAUUAAUGCCCCAUGACGCAACAGGUAAAAUAAAUUAAUAACUGGAAAUAUGUUAUGCAGUCUGUGGUAGAACUAUCUUAUAGUGACAGACGUGCAGACUGCAUUUUAUAAUAUAAAGGUAAUAUUAUAUUUCACUUGAUCUUGUAGGUAAGGUAUGUAUAUGUUAAAUAUUGUUACAACUCUUCUGAACCAAAUGUUGUAAAAUGUUUCAGACCUGUAAUCUAAAAAAAGUAAAAAAAAAGAGCCAUUUCACGUACCUAGUUCUUCUAAUAGGCUUUGAUGACAAAUAUUAUUAAUUUUGAUACAUACAAUUGGUUAGUAAAUUAAUAAAAAACAAUAUCUUUGGAAAUUAGGCUUCAAUCGAAAAAGUUUGUGUUUUAUACAAUAUCGUGAAAUGGAUCUUCGUCAUUUAACAAAUAGGUGUUAAUGUAUAAAUAUUUAGCCUAAAUUUUAAACUCUAAAAUUCUGAGAAAAUAACAUUUAAAAAAAGUUGAAUCGUCGGUAAAAGUUUUUAUACUUAUGAUGAAAAUAUACAAUAUAUACCUAUCUUAUAUAUAUCUUCUUUGAAUUAUAAAAUUUAUAUAGUUUAAUUUAUUGUGAUUUUGCUCAAAGCUUAAAUGCAAUUACAUAUGUGGUAAUAUAUCUGCAUUAAAUAUAGGUACAUUAAUUUAUGUGUUUCGUAGACUUUAAAAGCUGUAUAAUAAAUAUUUAUUUAUCAUGAGUUUAUGUGCAUAGAUGUGAAAUAAUACUCAUAUAUAUUUAUAGAUUUAAUUUGUAGAAACACCAAAUAAUUGACGUGUCAAGCUCUUCGAUGGUUAAAUAAGUUUUCUAUUCCAAAAUUUUAACCUUCCUGUGAUCGUAGAUGUCGCUAUAAGUAUGUUAAUAUGUGGGAUCUUCAAAGAAUAAAAAAUAUAACUGUUAUUUUGCAUGAGCGAGAUUAUUAUCCAAAGAAAUUUUAUGUGGUGAAUAAAUUUUUUUGUGUAUUUU